AUGCUGUCCGCCCUGAAUUUUGGCGUCCGAGCCCUGCUCCUAGGCCGCGCCGCGGCCCCGAGGCUGCGCUCCUACCACGGGGACGCGGUGGCCGCGCUGGGCUCCCACGUCGACACGGGCUCCGAGCUCUACCAGGAAAACUAUGAACGAAUGAAAGCUCUAGUAACUGAACUACAUGAGCGAGCAGAGCGUAUCAGGCUAGGAGGUAGUGAGAAGGCACGGAAACUUCACACAUCAAGAGGAAAACUGCUGCCUAGAGAAAGAAUUGACAGACUCUUAGAUCCAGGAUCUCCAUUCCUGGAGUUUUCCCAGUUUGCAGGUUACCAGUUGUACCCUAAUGAAGAGGUCCCAGCAGGGGGAAUUAUUACAGGCAUUGGCCGAGUGUCAGGAGUGGAAUGCGUAAUUGUUGCCAAUGAUGCAACUGUCAAAGGUGGGACCUAUUACCCAGUGACAGUGAAAAAACACUUACGGGCCCAGGAAAUUGCCUUGGAAAAUAGGCUCCCCUGCUUGUAUUUAGUUGAUUCGGGAGGUGCAAACUUACCUCGACAAGCAGAAGUAUUUCCAGAUCGAGAUCACUUUGGUCGCUCAUUCUAUAAUCAAGCAAUUAUGUCUUCUAGAAAUAUUUCACAGAUAGCAGUGGUAAUGGGAUCCUGUACAGCGGGAGGAGCUUAUGUUCCUGCAAUGGCUGAUGAAAGUAUCAUUGUUGCCAAGCAAGGUACCAUUUUCCUGGGAGGACCCCCCCUGGUUAAAGCAGCAACUGGUGAAGAGGUAUCAGCUGAGGACCUUGGAGGGGCUGACCUGCAUUGCAGAAAGUCUGGAGUAACUGAUCACUAUGCUUUGGAUGACAGUCAUGCACUUCACUUGGCAAGGAAAGCUGUGAGGAGUCUAAACUAUAGGAAGAAAUUAGAAGUGACAGUAGAACCUUCUGAAGAGCCUUUAUUUCCUCUAGAUGAGGUAUAUGGAAUAGUUGGAGAUAACCUCAAGAGGAACUUUGAUAUCCGAGAGGUCAUUGCUAGGAUUGUGGAUGGAAGCAGAUUUGAUGAAUUUAAAGCCCUCUACGGAGAUACCUUAGUCACAGGGUUUGCUAGAAUAUUUGGCUACCCAGUGGGAAUUAUUGGAAACAAUGGUGUUCUUUUCUCAGAAUCUGCAAAGAAGGGAACUCACUUUAUUCAGUUAUGCUGCCAAAGAAAGAUUCCUCUUGUGUUUCUUCAGAAUAUUACUGGUUUUAUGGUUGGUAAAGAAUAUGAAGUUGGAGGAAUAGCAAAAGAUGGAGCCAAGAUGGUGACUGCUGUAGCCUGUGCCAAUGUACCUAAAAUUACUGUCAUCAUUGGGGGAUCUUAUGGAGCUGGAAAUUUUGGAAUGUGUGGCAGAGCAUAUUCUCCAAGGUUUCUCUACAUGUGGCCAAAUGCUCGCAUCUCUGUGAUGGGAGGGGAACAAGCUGCACAUGUUUUAGCCAUAGUAGCGAGAGACCAAAAAGCAAGAGAAGGGAAGGAGCUCUCCAGUGAGGAAGAAGCUGCUUUAAAGGAGCCUAUCCUUAGGAGGUUUGAAGAAGAAGGAAGUCCUUACUACUCCAGUGCAAGGCUGUGGGAUGAUGGAAUUAUUGACCCAGCUGAUACCAGACUGGUCUUGGGUCUCAGUAUUAGUGCAACCCUCAAUGCCCCAAUUGAGAAGACCAGCUUUGGACUUUUCAGGAUGUAAUAAAAUUGUAGGAAGUUUUCCUAUGGGUUUUUAACUAAAGAAUACAAAUUAGGGGCCUUAAAAGUUCAGACAUUUUUAAUAUAAUGGUGCAAUAAAAAUUCACUACCUUUGUGUUAUCUUAAAAAAUGUACUGGGUUUUAUUGUCAGCCAGAUUCUCUUUUAAAAAUGUUAGUGAGUAUACUUAUUCAAUGAAUCUAAAUGUAUUUUGAGCUUUCCUUGAGUGGCCUCUCUAUGCCUCAGGUUCACCAUUUAAAACAGAUAACAAUGUAUGAAACCUACUUCUAUCAUAGGUAUGUUGUGAGGAUAAAUGAAGUAAUAUGUUUCAUGUUAUUUGAUAAAUCAUUCGUCUGUCACUUCCUUUAAUUUUGGGCAAGCCACUUGAUUUCUCUGGGCCUCAGUUUCCUCAAGAAGGGUUGGACUAAAUGACCAUCAAGGUUUUUUUUCCAGGAAUAAAUCAAUGAUUUAGAAAUUACAUGUUUUGAAUUCUGUAAGAAAGAAUCAUCUAUAUAAACCAGGCAUUCUGGAGAGAAUUAUUUAAGCCUCUAUUUUCACAGAAAUUAAUAGCUUCUCGGUUUUGUUUGAUAAUAUUUUAAAACUAAUCAUGAAAAGUCAUAUGCCAUGAGAUUUUGAUUUUUCUUAGUUACUGUAACUUUAAAUUUAAAUGAUUUUAAAAAAUAAAACCUAAAAACUA